CGAGUUUCGCUCUUGUUGCCCAGGCUGGAGUGCAGUGCAGUGGUGCAAUCUGGGCUCACUGCGACCUCCACCUCCCGAGUUCAAACAAUUCUCCUGCCUCAGCCUCCCAACUGGCUGGGAUUACAGGCGUGUGCCACCACGCCCGGCUAAUUUUGUAUUUUUAGUAGAGAUGGGGUUUCACCAUGUUGGUCAGGCUGGUCUCGAACUCCUGAUCUCAGGUGAUCGGCCCUCCUUUGCCUCCCAAAGUACUGGGAUUACAGGUGUGAGCCACCGCAUUUAUUCUUUUUGAGAGGGUGUUAUUGAGAUACAGUUUAUGUAUCAUACAAUACAGUCAUUUAAAGUGCACGAGUCAAUGGUUUUUUAGCAUAGUCACAUAUUUACGGAUAUGGGCAGCUAUCCUCAGAUUCAAUUUUAGAAUUUCCAUCACCCCAGAAAGAACCCCAGGCCCAUUUACCACUGCCUUGUGUGCCCACCCCCAGUCUUAACAACUAGUCUGUGAUCUGUGUCUCUUGUUUGCCUUCUACCUUUUUGUUUGGAGACACAGUCUUGCUCUGUCGCCCAGGCUGGAGUGCAGUAUCGUGAUCUCGGCUCACUGCAACCUCCGCCUCCUGGGUUCAAGCCAAUUCUGCCAAAGCCUCCCGAGUAGCUGGGAUUACAGGCGCGCGCCACUGCGCCGGCCAAUUCUUUGUAUUUUAGUAGAGAUGGGUUUCACCGUGUUGCCCAGGCUGGUCUUGAACUCCUGAGCUCAGGCAAUCCACCCACCUCAGCCUCCCAAAGUGCUGUGAUUAUAGGCGUGAGCCACCGCACCCUGCCUUGUUUCCCUUCAUCUUAAAAGGCAGAACAGCCUCUCUUUGGGGUGCCCGGAGGCAAAGAGCUGUUGGGAGUGUUUUGUGGGGUCUCUUCUUCCUUGUGGCUACGUGAAGCCUGAGUCUGAGCCUCUGGUUUCUUGGUUUCUUUCCACUGCCCUGGGCAAACCAGCUUUGACUUAACAUCAGCCAGCCUGGAGAGUAAUUAAAAGAGUAAGUCUCAAAAGUAAAUCUCCGGGAAGAGCCCUCAGUGGUUUCAGACCCCCAGGCCCUUGUCCUCGUGCCCUCCCUGAGGCGCCCUGUCCUAGUGGACAUGCCGGAGCCCGCCCGUGUCCUUGUGGACCAUGGAAUUUGCCCGGGGUUGUGGGGCGGGGUGGAGAGAAUAAAACUUCCUGUGAUCUAUGUAUCAGCCCAGUACAUAGAUGCUGGGUAGAGGCGAUUGAGCUCAGCACGGGACCAAGCAUUUCUGUGCAGUGCCUGCAGAAUUGAGUUUCCUUCUGGCUAUGGGAGAUCGUUCUGAGCUGUCUCAGUUGUCUGACAUCUGGUGUCCACCGUGGGCCAGGUCGUCUGGGGCAGGGGCAGAAGAGGACAGGAGGAGCCUGCCCUAGAGGAUUCUGGGAAAACAGCAAAACAGAGCUUACCCACCAAUCUCAGGCUGAUGCAUUAUUAAUAAAAGUGACUGUUGACUGAGUUUAUAGACAGAAUAUGUUUGAGGUACCUGGCCUAGUAAGCACCAUACAAGUGCUAUUAUUUCUAAAUGAUUUUAUCGAGAUAAACCAGCCAGGCAUGGUGGCUGCCGCCUGUAAUCCCUUUGGGAAGUCAAGGCAGGAGGAUCUCUUGAGAUCGUAAGUUGGAGACCAACCUGGGCAACAUAGCGAAACCCCAUCUAUGCAAAAAAUUUAAAAAUUAGCUGGGCAUGGUGGUGCACACUUGUAGUCCUAGCUACUCAGGAGGCCAAGGCAGGACAAUCCUUUGAGUCCAGGAGGUCAAGGCUGCAGUGUGCUAUGAUCACACCACUGCACUCCAGCCUGGGCAACAAAAGGAGACCCUGGGUCUAAAAGUAAAAAUGAAAAAAAAAAAAGAAAUGAAACAGCAGGGCGUGAUGACUCACACCUGUAAUCCCAAAGCUUUGGGAGGGAAGAUGGGAGGACUGCUUGAGCUCAGGAGUUCCAGACCAGCCUGGACAACAUGGCGAGACCCUAUCUCUAUAAAAAAAUAUAAAAAUUGGCCAGGCGCGGUGGCUCACGCCUGUAAUCCCAGCACUUUGGGAGGCCAAGGCAGCCAGAUCAUGAGGUCAGGAGAUCGAGACCAUCCUGGCUAACACUGUGAAAACCCAUCUCUGCUAAAAAUAUAAAAAAUUAGCCGGGCGUGGUGGUGGACAGCUGUAGUCCCAGCUAGUCGGGAGGCUGAGUCAGGAGAAUGGCGUGAACCCGGAAGUCGGAGGUUGCAGUGAGCCGAGAUCGCGCCACUGCACUCUAGCCUGGGUGACAGAGCAAGACUCCGUCUAAAAAAAAAAAAAAAAAAAAAAAUUAGGCUGGGCACGGUGACUCACACCUGUAAUCCCAGCACUUUGGGAGGCCGAGGCGGACAGAUCACCUGAGGUCAGGAGUUCGUGACCAGCCUGGCCAACAUGGUGAAACCUGGUCUCUACUAAAAAUACAAAAAUUAGCCAGGUGUGGUGGCAGUCGCCUGUACUCCCAGCUACUCAGGAGACUCAGGCAGGAGAAUCACUUGAACCUGGGAGGUGGAGGUUGCAGAGAGCCAAGAUGGAGCCACUUCACUCCAGCCUGGGCGACAGAGUGGGACUCCAUCUCAAAAAAAAAAAAAAAAAAAUUAGCCAGGCGUGGUGGCUUGUGCCUGUUGUCCCAGCUACUUGGGAGACUAAGGUGGAAGGAUCACUCUAGCCCAGGAGUUCAGGGUUGCAGUGAGCUGUGAUUGAGCCACUGCAUUCCAGCCUGGGCAAGAGUGAGACCCUAUCUCCAAAAGGAAAGAAAGAAACGAAGUCCCAUCCCUAUCAGCAGCCACUCCACAUCCCGCACCCCAGCCUCUGGCACUGUGCGUCCCCUUCCUGUCUCUGAAUUAUCCUGUUCUAGACAUUUCAUAGAAAUGGGAUCACACACUGUGUGGCCUUUUGUGUCUGGCGUCUCACUGAGUGUGACGUCCUCAAGGUGCAUCCACGCUGUGGCCUGUGUCAGAGCCUCACUCCUUUUCAUGGCUGAGUCGUGUCCCAUCGUGUGGAUGGGCGUUUGUCCGUUCAUCCAUUGAAGGCGUCUGGGCUGCUUCCACCUUCUGGCUCCUGUGGUAGGGCUCCUGGGGACAUCCAUGUAGAAGUGAUGGUGUGGAUGUGUGCUCAUUUCUCGGGCAGAUACCUAAGAGUGGCGUGGCCGGGUCAUCCGGAAACUCGGUGAAGAGCUGUCAGGCUUUUCCAACAUGGCUGUUCCAUCUUACAUCCCAACCAUGAUGACGAUGUGUUGGGUUGGGUGCUUGUCAUCCUGUAGAGUGACCACAUGUGACACACAGGGCAACCCAUAGGUGGGUGUCCUUAUGUCCUGGAGAGGAUGAAUUGCCGGUGCUUGUCCGUGGCAGGCUGAGAGCAGAGCCCCAUGUCUGAGAGCAGCCCGAGCGGGAAGAAGUUCCGCAGCAAGCCGCAGCUGGCGCGCUACCUGGGCGGCUCCAUGGACCUGAGCACUUUCGACUUCCGCACGGGCAAGAUGCUGAUGAGCAAGAUGAACAAGAGCCGCCAGCGCGUGCGCUACGACUCCUCCAACCAGGUCAAGGGCAAGCCCGACCUGAACACGGCGCUGCCCGUGCGCCAGACGGCGUCCAUCUUCAAGCAGCCGGUGACCAAGAUUACCAACCACCCCAGCAACAAGGUCAAGAGCGACCCGCAGAAGGCGGUGGACCAGCCGCGCCAGCUCUUCUGGGAGAAGAAGCUGAGCGGCCUGAACGCCUUCGACAUUGCUGAGGAGCUGGUCAAGACCAUGGACCUCCCCAAGGGCCUGCAGGGGGUGGGACCUGGCUGCACGGAUGAGACGCUGCUGUCGGCCAUCGCCAGCGCCCUGCACACUAGCACCAUGCCCAUCACGGGACAGCUCUCGGCCGCCGUGGAGAAGAACCCUGGCGUGUGGCUCAACACCACGCAGCCCCUGUGCAAAGCCUUCAUGGUGACCGACGAGGACAUCAGGAAGCAGGAAGAGCUGGUGCAGCAGGUGCGGAAGCGCCUGGAGGAGGCGCUGAUGGCCGACAUGCUGGCGCACGUGGAGGAGCUGGCCCGUGACGGCGAGGUGCCGCUGGACAAGGCCUGCGCUGAGGACGACGAGGAGGAGGACGAGGAGGAUGAGGAGGAGGAGCCCGACCCAGACCCAGAGAUGGAGCACGUCUAGGGCAGGGGCCCUGCCGAGAGCCUGUGCUGCCCUCUGGAGCCGCAUGCAGACGCGGCCCUCGGCCCCACGUGAACCAGGCUCGGCAGCCGAGGCCAGCCCUGGAGACACCCGGGAGGAAGGCCGUGCUCCUGGCUCCCUCCUCGGCCCGUCCCCACUUCCUGGGGCCUUGGGGCACACAGCUGGGGCUGCCCCCACCUGAAAGACCCUCCACGCUCGUCCUCUACAGGGUCCGGCUUUGGGAAGUGCCGGGUGCUCCUGGGCCCUGCCUGGCUCCCUACGACCUCGGGGCUCGAGGCCAGCUCCUCCCCACGCCCGCUGUCCCAGCUCCUUGAGACUGGAGAGCAGCCAGCAGGUGCCCGGCAGCUCGGCACCAAGGAUUGCUGACAGCUGGGAGGGUGUCUCGGUCUGGAGGCGUAGUUUUGAAACUCACAUCACCCACUGUGCAGCGUGAGGACGGGACUCUGGUCUGCUGUGGGGGGCGUGCAGGACGGCGCCACCCUCUGCCCUGCCACGUGGCUGGUGGCGCCACAGACCCUCACCAUGCCUGAGUGGCAUGCCCAGGAGGCCGCUCUCCUUCAGUAAAUCUAACACAGUCGAGGCACGUCGUCGGGCGGCCUUCCCUGUCUGCCAACGCCAGCCUUCGCUUCCGAAAACCAAACUCCAGCCGCUGCCAGUCGGGACUCGGUCGCCCAGCGCUGCCAGAAUGCUCCACUGCCAGCCGGCCCCCCGCCUCAGUUUCCCUUCUGUUUAGUGGCGACACAGGCACCCAGCUUUGGGGUGGUGCUGAUGCUCCCAAGGGUGCCAGGAGCCACUGGGACAGGGCGAGGCUCCCAGACGCCCCUCGAGGUGCCCGGCUCUCCAGGGAGCUUCUGGCCCAAGGCCGUCUGAGGGAUCUGCUCCUUAACCCCCCAGUGCCUUGGCGAGGGCAGGUUCCAAGCCACAGACGCCUGCCCUGAGUGGACUCUGCGGCCAGUCCCUGGUGCCCUCCUGGCCCUGCUGCCCAGUGAGGGCUCCUACGGGUGGGUUCAUUGGCCUGGGCCCAGCGAGCCCCCACCUGCAUUGACCUUAGGCCCAUAGAGAGGGCCUCUCCCAGCGCUGCCCCAGCCAGGAUCUGGUCACUGCCCUGGGGGGACUGAUGGGCAGAGUCACCCCUGUGGCUGGACUGUGACCAUCCCUGAUGGGGCCUGACUGUGGGAGCUGAGGAAGCGCCGCUCCACCGUCUGCCCUCCGAGGACACCCAUGGGGGCAGUGGGCUGGCAGCUUCCUGCUGCUCCCUGUCAGAGUCAAAGCACAAAUCCUCAGGACGGGCUCAAGGGCCAGGGCAGCCGAGGGAAGCUCCAAGUGGGGACCAUGUCUUCCUGGGGUUGGUGCCCACUGGCCGGGACCCUUUGCUGGCCCAAGAUCCCCAGGUGCUGCAGUGGGGUGGCCUCCCCUCUGUCUGCCUGGUGGAGGGAGCCGUGGGCGUGGGGACGCGACUGAAUAAAGCCACCAUGGGUGGAUGUGCUUGGAGCCUGGA